GACGCAGGUCCGAUGGCGCCGCCUCCGGUCCCCGCGCGGGCACCUGGAGAGACCGGACCUACUCGGAGAAGGGGCAGGAGGCCAAGAGCCUUGAAGUUCGCGGACGUGGCCGUGUACUUCUCCUCGGAGGAGUGGUGCUGUCUGCGGCCCGCGCAGCGGACUCUGUACCGGGAUGUGAUGCGCGAGACCUACGGCCUCCUGGGCGCGCUCGGAUGUGCGGGUCCCAAACCAGCUCUCAUCUCCUGGUUGGAACGAAAUACCGAUGAUUGGGAACCGGCAGCCCUAGAUCCGCUGGAGUACCGGAGAUGGGUAACAUUCCAGAGAAAAACCAGAACCAGACAGAAGAAUGAAGAGAAGGAAGUUUUCCCACCGAAGGAAGCACCCCGAAAGGGGAAGCGUGGGCGGAAGCCCAGCAAACCCCGGCUGAUUCCCAGGCAGACAUCUGGGGGCCCCAUCUGCCCUGACUGUGGCUGUACCUUCCCUGACCACCCCGCCCUGGAGAGCCACAAAUGCGCCCAGAACCUGAAGAAGCCCUACCCUUGCCCGGACUGUGGGCGCCGCUUUUCCUAUCCAUCACUGUUGGUCAGUCACCGGCGGGCACACUCUGGUGAGUGCCCUUACGUUUGUGACCAGUGUGGCAAACGUUUUUCCCAGCGGAAGAACCUGUCUCAGCACCAGGUCAUACAUACAGGCGAGAAGCCCUACCACUGCCCUGACUGUGGCCGCUGCUUUCGACGGAGCCGGUCCCUGGCCAAUCACCGGACCACGCACACGGGCGAGAAACCCCAUCAGUGCUCCAGCUGUGGGCGUCGCUUCGCCUACCCAUCUCUGCUUGCUAUCCACCAGCGGACGCACACCGGAGAGAAGCCCUAUACCUGCCUAGAAUGCAGCCGUCGCUUUCGCCAGCGCACUGCCCUGGUCAUCCACCAGCGCAUCCACACCGGAGAGAAGCCUUACCCCUGCCCUGACUGUGAGCGUCGCUUUUCUUCCUCCUCUCGCUUGGUUAGCCACCGGCGUGUGCACUCUGGGGAGCGGCCCUAUGCCUGUGAGCACUGUGAAGCCCGCUUCUCCCAGCGCAGCACCCUACUCCAGCACCAGCUCUUGCACACAGGCGAGAAACCCUACCCCUGCCCGGACUGCGGACGUGCCUUCCGAAGAAGCGGCUCCUUGGCCAUCCAUCGCAGCACCCACACGGAGGAGAAGCUGCACGCUUGCGAGGACUGUGGCCGCCGUUUUGCCUACCCCUCGCUGCUGGCCAGUCAUCGGCGUGUGCACUCAGGCGAGCGACCCUAUGCCUGUGACCUGUGCUCCAAACGCUUUGCCCAGUGGAGCCACCUGGCUCAGCACCAGCUUCUGCACACGGGGGAGAAGCCUUUCCCCUGCCUUGAGUGUGGCCGAUGCUUCCGACAGAGGUGGUCUCUGGCCGUCCACAAGUGUAGCCCCAGCACCCCCAAUGGUAGCCCUAGACCUGUUAUAGGAGGGCCGGGUCAGAGGAGCAGUACCCUUUAGCAUGGCAAAGACUAUGGAAGGUCACUUUAGGGAGGGGUUCAAAGGUCACACAGAGCAGGAGCAGAACUAAAACCCUGGUCCCCUGCUCCACAUUCUGAACUCCAGUGUAGUCCACCACACUGGCUGUCUUACAGCAUGCCUAGAACAGUUAUCAGGAGAGAUGAUUCCCUUUGAUUAAAGUUCUCCACGCUAACAUCUUAAAAUAACGUGGGUGUGUUUCUACCCCAAUCUCUGCAGGGCUGCCUUCUUAGUUUGUGUGUAUAGAAUCCAUUCAGUCAGGAAAACCUCAUUUGUAGAGGGCAGAACCUUCCCGGCUCUGCCUCUGUCUCCGUAUCACGGAAAACCCACUCCUGCCAAGUGGUAGGCCUUGCUGCAAACUGCCGAGUUCCCUACCUCACAGGGCAGCUCACCUCGCGGGCUGGUGCUAAUCUUUUCAAGGCUGUACACCGCAUUCUCCCUUGGAAACGUGGCCUGGAAAAUGUUUAGUAGUUUACCCACACGGUGGUUAUUCAGAAAACCUAAUCACAGCUACUUUGUGCCCAAGUAGGUCACCUUUGUGCGCAUGUGUGUGUGUGAGAGAUGGUGGUCUCACUACCACAAGUGAUUCUCCCGCCUCAGCUUUCUGAGUGGUUGGGGGCUGGUGCCAGCACAUCUGGCUCUGGUUAAGCAUUCUUUAAAAAAAAAGUGUAUAUACAUAUUUAAAAGAUGUAUUUAUUUUUAUUUUAUGUGUUUGAUGUUUUGCCUGCAUGUGUAUCUAUGCACCAUGCUUGGGCCUGGUGCCCAAGAGAUGCCAGAUGGGGGCAUCAUAUUCCCUGGAGCUGGAGUUGGGAGCCACCAUGGCUGCAGCUGCUGGGAAUGGAACCCCAGGCCCUCUGGAAGAGCACCCAGUCCCCUUAACCGCUGAGGAAUCAAUGCCAGCCUCUGGUCAGUCAUUCUCUGGAGAGUGGCUCUCAGGUCCCCCGUGUGAACUCUCCAAGUGGCUGUUUUCAGUGCCUCCUCUUAUGGGAUCAUCUGAAACCCCAGCACCAUGGUGUGUCCAGGGAGCCCUUCAAUCUGCGGCGUUGUUAUUUACUCUGGGCAGCACUGAUGUGGGGGGCAGGGGUGCCAGUGUGUUUGUUGGGUUCCAGCCCUACCCUUUCCUUUUAGAGAUGUGAUAAAACCAGAUCAUCUUCACCACACUUGGGAAUUGGUUCAGGCUGGGUCUGAGGCACCAGCGCAAGAAACUGGGAGGUUUGAGUACUUUGUUCUUGUUUUUGGUGGUUUUUGUUUUGUUUUGUUUUGUUUUCGUUUUUGUUUUUUUGA